UGUGACCUAGGAUUAAUAGGCGCUUGGUACAAGUUCCUUUUGAAAAUAUCUCCGCAGGGCGUUUCAUAAUUUGUCAUGUAACGUGACUUUUAAUUAUUCACAUGUUAUUUUUAAUGGUUUCCGGUGUUUUCAGUGCUCUUUUUAUAUAUUCAUGUAUUAAAUUAAUCCGCAUAGAAGGAUUCAUUUGACAGUUUGACUAUCAAUUGUACACAUUUCCCAUGAUGAGUUAUCAGUUUUUAACAAAAAAUUUUUGCAUCUCUUCAUUGUCCUUUAUUUAAACAACUUUUCAUAUGAGCUUUUAGGACGAUAAUUAUUUCAAAUGCCUUAAAUUUUUAUUUGCAAUACAUCUUAUAUGAAUAAUAAAUGUUAUAAAUGUCUGAUAGCAACAACAACAAUAACAGUUAUAACGGCAAAUAUCCGCUUAUUUCGUCUCCAACUAUUUCCACUUCAGUCGGUUUAGGAAGUACUACUCAACAACAUACAUAUUCUAAUGUAAUUAAUAAUGAUCUAAACAACUGUACUGAUAAGUCUAAUUCCACUGUCAUCUCAUCUAGCACUAAUGAUAUUGGUAGACUUUUAUCAUGUAUAACUUCAAAUGGAAAUUGUUUCCUACAUAUACUUCUACUCAUCCUACAAUUCAAACACAAUUUUCUAAUGAUGUAGAAAGUGAGAUUUCUACUCAUCACCAGCAGCAAAAACAAGAAUCACCCGGUGGAAAUAAUUCAUCUACAAAUUUAUGUGGUUUUAGAAUUAAAUGUGAAGCUGAUAGUGGUUUUUCACCGAUUGGGAAUUUGUCUGGACAAUCUGCGCCAAUCUCUAAGUCAUCGUACGAGAUGAUGUGUAACAGUAAAUCGACCGCCACUAACUCUACGUUGGAAUCUUUCUCAGGGAAAACUGAAUCAUUUGAGGAACAUGAAAUAGUUGAUGAUCAAUUUAUUGAAAAUCGGAAACUUGUCGAAACAUGUGGAUCUUUACGAGCACAUCCACAAAGCAAUAAGACUAAUAGUAAUAAUGAUACAAAUGAAUCUAUUUCAUCUCAAUCAACAAGAUAUAUAUCAUGUUCAUCAGUGGAUCAACUUACACUACCUCAGACUAAUUUAAGUAAUCAUUUUCAUUCAGAUAAUAUUCUUAAUUCAGGAUGUAAUAACCGUAUAUUGAACAAUUCUCCAGUUCGUAUUGUAUCUCAGGGUCGACUAGAUAAUGAUAACGCAAGUGUUAACUCUUCAUCAGACUUUACAGCUGAUGCGCUUACUUUCAUUGAUACAUCAUCAACAUGUAUAAAUACAUUUGAUACAAAUGAACGUAUGCUUACAGGAACACCUGAUUUUUCUUGUUUUUUUCCUAAUACAUUAUGUGAUCCGCUGACUAAACGUUUUACUUCUAAUGGCCAUACACCAUGCGCCGGUUUUCCUGUAACUAAUCAGGCCGAUUCAAAGGUUCUAAUAGGUCUCAGUCCUCUAUCGAAAUCGCAUCGUUUAUGUUAUCCAUAUGAUGCAUAUGAACCACUGAAAAGUGAUUUCAAAGAACACUCAAAUAUAAAUAACAAUAAUACUGUUGAUAGAGCUCAACCGAAUUCUUCACCGAAUAGACUUAAAAAUAUACUAAACAAUACAUUAUAUGAUCGUACUGGUAGUAACAAUGGAUCUAAUUCAGUUACAACGCCUAUAACUUGUAAUAAUGAUGAAGCGGUGAACUUGAUUACUGACUCUGGUCAAAAGAGUCUUGUAAAUUGUAACGAAGUUCAAUUACCAGGAUUCAGUAGUCCUGAAUCAGCUUUCUAUCAAUAUCAAAAUAAAAUGGAGGGGCAAAGAUGUCAAGUGUGUGGUGAGUUGGCAGCCGGUUUCCAUCAUGGAGCAUAUGUAUGUGAAGCUUGCAAAAAAUUUUUCAUGCGUCAUUCGAUGGCUGAUACAAAACCGACAAAUGUCUGUCCAACUGGUGGCAACUGUAUAGUGGCUAAAGGUAGUCGUGGGAAAUGUCAAAUUUGUCGUUACCGUAAAUGUUUACUUGUUGGGAUGAAAAUGAAAGAUCCAGAAACUCAAUCAGAAAUCGAUAUUUCUAAUAUUCCUUGUCGAGUGUGUGGCGGUAGAUCGUCUGGAUUUCAUUUUGGUGCAUUAACAUGUGAAGGAUGUAAACGAUCGUCACCACUUAACGAUUCUUCCCAAUUGGUUCGUCAUUAUUCCAAUGGAUCAUCUAGUGUAUAUGACGCUUUAGAACGACAUGCUUUGGAUCGUACCGGUGAAUCUAUCACAUUUAAUGAUGAUAGAAAUGAUUCACACCCCAUAUGUAGUAGUUCCAAUAACGGUAAUGAAGGUAGUAUUGAUCAAAACUCAGGUUACAAAACAGUCAAAUCUAUUCCGCUGCAUCAAUCACCUAUUUCAGAAUCAUCAUCGGCUACAUUUUGUGCAUCUCGUUUGCUUAAUAAUAAAAAGUUAUUAUCCUUUUAUUCUCAGGAACAUCAAUUACAAUCAUUAUCAUCUCAAUCCAGUAUCAAUUGUUCUCUGUCAUCUACCUCUCCUACUCCUACUACUACUUCCUUGUGUUCUUCUCAACGUUCCUCUUCACCUUUUUCACUAAUCUCUUCAAAUUUGUCUCAGGUGCAAACAUGUAUAUCCACUAUACCGAAUUCAGAUAAUGAACGUGUUAAUAAAGUGAAAUUAUCUACCUCCAGCUUUUCAAACUCAACUAUCAAUACUACUGUAUGUAAUAGUACUACUACUACUCCUACACUGACAACCGUUAAUACAAAUAUAUCAUCAAACACAACAGUGGCAAAUAAUACAACUGCCAAUCGUCACAACUUCAUAAGUUUCGAUGAUCCGUCAUUUUGGGAAGACGUAGAAGAUACUUUACCAUCAAUCAAUGUAACUUCUGAAGCUGUUUCACAAUUCACUGAUGGCAUGCGUACAGCUACUGAAUUUCUACGAUUACCAAAUGCAUACUUUAAAACACGUUUCCGUAUGACAUCGAUACCACCGGAACAUCAAGACAAUAUUAAUCAAGUAUGGGGUCAUAUGAUGAAUCAUUUUCAUAUGCACGCUCAACAGGUUGUACAAUUCGCUAAACUUGUACCCGGUUUCAAUCAGUUAGGCAUAACAGCUAGAAGCAAUCUAGUUCGCGAAGCUAUGUACUCAGUCCUACUGCUGCUUCUUAGUCGUGAUUAUUGUCCAGAAACUGAUGAAUAUAAUUAUUUUGAUUUUCCAACAAAAGAACGUGAAGUGAUCAUGCGACAUUUCCCGACAUUUAAACGUAUUACAGAGCAUUUACGUGUUUCCGGACGAAUAAUGCACCACUUAAAUUUGAGUUUACCGGAAUUAUCGUUAUCAUGUGCUGCAGAAAUAUUGCGAAAUUAUUGUAUACUUGAAGAGCCUACCGCAAAAAGUACAGCUGAAUUAUUUGUAUUAGCACAUCAUAGUUUGUUAAAUUGCAUGGCAAAGCACUCUGUUCCGACUGUUGCAUCAACACAACAAAGACGGACCCAGUUAUUCGCUCUUAGGAAAAUGAUACGAGUAAUGGACAAGGAACAUCAUGAAAUUUUAGCAGAUUUAAGGGUUCUCAGGUCUGAUCUUCGGUUCCCUGAACUAUAUGUGGAAAUGUUUCAAUUAGCUGAUAGUGCAUCAGCGCUGUUUUCCGCUUCUGCUCAAGCUGUAACACUAGCCUGUUCUGGUGUUCUACAAUCCUCAUUAGGAUCUUUUCAAAAUUCCAGUUAGCAUCAACUUCUUUAAAUAAUAAUCAAUCUAAUUUAAAUAUAAAUAAAUCAUCUGAUUCGACAGUAAAUAAUAGUGAUUUUAUUCUAUCCGUUGAUCGAUGGGAUGCAGGUCGACUUGCUUUAACUGUUCCAGCAGCAGCGGCAGCUGCAGCUGCAGCAGUUGUUGCAUUAACUGAACAAACUUCUAUAUGUCAAAAUAAUAAUAAUAAUCAGUUAUUACUACAAACUAAUUCUCAAUUGUCUUCAACAUGUGCAUUUCCUCAAUUCUCCAAUUCAAUUGUUGUCGGUUCAUCAUCAUUAUUGUCUACCAAUGUUAGUCUUAGUUCGUGCCAGAAACGAGCUAAAAAUGAUGUAAAUCAAUCGGAUAAUACAACAUCUACUAUUCCUGUUUUUCCUACGAAUACCAAUAAUACUAUUGCUUUUAUCACUUCACCUUCUUUUAUGUUUCCUAAUCAAUUACAUCAUCCAUCUUCUUGAUAUUUAUCUGCCUCUCUCUAUUCAUCUCGUUGUACUCUCAUACAAAUAUAAAAUACCCAGUCACACUAAAUUGAUCCUGUGUGUCUUACAUAUUCUUAAUGGUUAUCUUUUAAAUCUAUGAAAUACAUCUUUACAUUUUUUUCGAGAUCUAUUCGUCCAUCGAUUUUUUUCUUCUUUUGCCCUCCAAAUAAAGAUGAUGAUGAUUAUGAGGCAACACAUUACACAAUUACAUAUUGAUUAAUUUAGUUUCUAUGAGACUAUCUCCUGGAUUUCUCUUGUUUGUGUUUAUGUGGAUUGUUUUUGUAGCUUAUACUUUUAUUAUUAUUUUUUUCCUUUUCUAAAUCGAAUUUCCUUUUUUUUUCUCAACCUUAACCAUUAUCAUCAUUGUGUGUGUGUGUGUUGUACUUCAAUGAUUGUGUAUUAUUGAUUGUUUUUGUUGUACACUUAUUUUUUGUUUGUUUGUAGUAUGACACACAUACAUUGCAAUGAACCUUUCUGUAAAACAAUUAAAAUGGAAGAAAUCUAACUGAUAUAUAAAUAUAGAUAUAGAUAUGCACACACACACACGCAAAAUCUACGGUAAUCAAUAAUUUUUUGUAUUUCUUUAUGGUGGUGUAACUCAGGUUAGAAUUUUCGGUCUAUUUAUUUAUUAAAUUAAUUUAAUUUAAUGAAAGGGAUUCAUAUUUUAUAUCUCUGUUACAACGUCUCUAAAAUUUACAUUGUAAAUGACAUUUUGUGUCUUGUGUGUGUCUAUGUAUGUGUAUGUGUGUAUGUAGGUACAAGGAGAGAAAAAGUAACAACAACAACCACAAUAAUGAAGAAGAAGAAGAAGAAUGAAUUUUGCCAUUAGUAUAGUGUCAUUGUAUUUUGGUUGAUUUAUAUAUAUAUAUUUAUUUAUUGGAAUUGUUAUUGAUAUUGAUAUUAUUCGUCUUGACAAUUACGGUUACAAUGUGGUGUAUACGUUUUAUUCAUUGUUUCCAUUCUAUCUUACUCAAUUUUAUUUAAAAUGAUUUCUGUUUAUUAUUCAGGGUUUUUCUUAAAGUUUCAAGCUUCUUUUUUUUUCUUUUCUCAUUCUUUAUCUUCGUCUUUAUUCAAUAUUUCCUUUUUGUAUACUGCAUGCUAUAUGAAUUUUGAUUCGUUUGUGUAUUAUUUAAUUUAAGGUAUAUACCCAGUGUGUGUGUGUGUGUGUG